UAAAGAAAAAUUUUGAAAAAAGCAUUCCUAGUGAUGUUAAACUUGAAUUGCAAUGAAUGAGGUGAGAGCACCAAGAGGAAGAGCACCCUCUGUGUAAUGGUCACUGCCUUGUUUCCCCAAUUUACACAGGGUGGAAGCUUUGCGGGAAGCUGCAACUGCUAUUGAGCAAGAAAAGGAAGUCCUCCUGGAGAUGAUCCACAGCAUCCAGAACAGCCAGGACAUGCGGCAGAUCAGUGACGGAGAACGAGAAGAACUGAAUCUGACUGCGAACCGUUUGAUGGGACGAACCCUCACCGUUGAAGUUUCAGUAGAAACCGUCAGGAACCCGCAGCAGGAAGAGUCCCUGCAGCGUGCCUCGAGGAUGAUAGACGACGUGGUCAGCAAGUUCCUGGAGGACCUGGGCAGCGCCAAGUGCCACUUAACGUCCCUCCACAGCGCGUGUUCCUCUGAGGUGCCACCGGGCCCGGUGGAUCAGAAGUUCCAGUCUAUAGUGAUUGGUUGUGCCCUUGAGGAUCAGAAGAAAAUCAAGAGAAGACUAGAGACUCUGCUCAGAAACAUCGAGAACUCAGACAAGGCCAUCAAGCUGCUAGAGCAUUCGAAAGGAGCCGGCUCCAAAGUUCUGCACGCAAAUGCUGAUAGCAGACUGAACUAGUCUCCAAGCCUGUGCGCACUCGGGUCACGUCAAGAUGCUGAGACGCUACUUUAGGUGACGCUAGUUCUUUAUGUCAGGCAUGGCCACUUGAUAGGAGAAGUUAUUUCACAUGAGCAAACUACUGCAGUGUCCAAGUUUUGCAACUCAAUUGAAACUAGUAUUUUAAUUAUCUAGACUUUAUACACUGAAUUUUUGCCUUAUACUAGGAUCUAGCACUAUGUAUUUUACUAUUUUGUAGAUUUGCACAGUAUGUGGAGAAAGUAAAGCUCAGCUAGGGGCAAAGUGUCCCCACUCGGCUGGACCAGGGCAAAUAAACAGCUCCAGGGCGGGAGCCUGCAGAAACUCCCGCCCUCCACGCUGCACACACCAUGUGAACACGAAGUGUUUGGAGGAUUCCGGAGGCAUGGAAGAGCCUGUCCUGCGUCCUUCCACUCAUACAGAUGUCUCUGGGUAUCUGCAUGUAUCACAUUACUUUGAAGCUAAAGAUUUAUGCAUAUUUUACAUACUUGAACACAUAGCUUACAACGUGAGACGGUCACCUUUCGUCUUACUGAUGUGAGUAGUUAUAUAUCCACUUGGUUUCUCAAAUGCAUUCUUCUAUAAUGCUGCUCAUCAGUUUAAAAGGCUGUGUAGCUGUGCCAUACGUACUCGUCCAUUCCCCCGAGGACAUGUGGGUUGUUUGCAGUUUGUUGCUGUUACUGAGACAGCUGGAUACACAGGGCUCUCUCCUCCUGGUAUCAGUUCCCAGCACGGGGUGCACUGGGUCAACGCUGUAUACAUUUUCAUGGCCUGACACUUCUACAUUUUUUUGGUAUAAAUGCUGUAUGAGUGUGUACUGUCUUCAAUAAUUAAAUGUAGCCAUUUCACCGAAAUCUUUUCAACACUUUUUCUAACGUAAAACCUUAUUUACUUUGCAUCUUGCUUCCUACCUAGGUGGACUGAUGUGUUGAUCCUUUUUUAUCCAUGGUAAAUGAAGUAACUGUAGAACACUUGUUAAAUGUUCAAUAGUACUACUGAUGCACAAAAACCUCAACAACUUCUCUAAAUGCUGCUCUGAAAUUAGACUUCACACUCAGUCUUUUUUAGAAUGUAGGGAUUCACAUAAAAAGAUUCACACUGAUUUUAUAUAUUUUUCUGUGUAAGUGGUAAUGAGCUGACUUUUCUGUGCAGAGUGCCAAAUUAGUCUUUCUGUAUGGAAAGCAGUGACAGCCUGAGCACUUGUCCACUGCUUUCCUUAGCCGGCGGCCGCACUGCCUGCUGGCUCUGCCUCAUUGGGUUUCCGUCUCUCCAGAAGCCUCAGGCUCAGUGGGCUGAUCUGCUCCGCUUUCGUACACACUGCUUGUGUCAUCUUGUUCUUCAGCGGUGUCUUGAAAACUAAGAAAUGGGCAAUCAACUUCUCAAGUGCUGUCUGCACCCUCUUCCCCGUCAGUCUCCGCUGGUCACUGCGGCUCUGCCCAUGACAUGCUCUCUCAAAAUGAAAAACAUGCAGUGAUUUAUGUUAUGAGAUUCAUGCAUUUGUCCCUUUGAAUGACUGAUAAAUGACACAUGUGAAGUACAUGUGACUGAUAAUGCUACUCCUGAAGGGUGGGUUUUACAGUUACAGAUACAAAACAGUUAAAAGUGAGACUCUUGGAAAAGAAAGAGCAACAAAGACGGACAUUUGAGCUCAGCCCAUUCCGUGUGCGUGUGUGUGCUCACAUGUCAGCGAGCAAAGUGAGAUGGGUGUGCACAGAACAGCAGGAAUGCAGGAGCCCGCUCCGCCCCAGCCCGGCAAGGCAAGGCCUGGGGAAGCCAACCCUCACCCUGGCCCAGCUCGAGAUCCAGGAGGCCCUGCUCUGCAAGGAGGGAGUGAGACAGAGCUCCCACCUGCAGCUGUGCAGGCCUGGCCCAAAGUGAGCAUCUGUUAAAUAGGUCAGAAGUAGCCAGGCGCGGUGGUGAUGCACACCUGUAAACCGAGCACUCGGGAGGCUGAGGUAGGAAGAUUGUUAGUUCAAAGCCGGCCUGGGCUGUGUCAUUUGACCCUGUCUCAACAACAAACCAAUCAAAAGACCCAAUUAUUUUAUACUACAGGACAAACAAGACUAAAUAACUUUUUAAAAUAAGAAUAACAGUGAUAGCAUGUAAAAGAAAUUUCCUGGGCAAAAUUAGGGAAAGCACAGUGCCACCGAGCUGCAUUCCAAUAGGUCAGUGGAGUCGGAGUCAUGUGCCUUCACGCGUGUGCUGUGUAGGACUCACUCUGGGUACGAGUGAGUCCCACGUAGGGGUGUUCUCCGGGGAACGGAACUGGCGUGUAAGGCAGGGACUCGCUGUAUCAACUGCUGCUACCAAAAGGCGUACACUGGCUGCUGGAAAAGGGACUGAAACAGGCAGGGUCAAGUUAUUCUGGUUUUUAAAGAAGUCGCGUUGUGCCUGUGUAUGUAGUUCCACGGGCGAUACACAUCAUACAUGUCAAAUGAAGUUCUAGCUUUGAAAUGCAUUUAUUUUUUUGAUUACUGGAAUUCAUCUUCGAUGAAGUUUUAAUCAAGGAGUGUUUUUUAAAUUAAGUUUGAGGGAAUAACCAACCCAGUACCAGUACACACAAGUGGUUUUUCAUUUAAAUUUACAAAUACAUUAUGUAUUAGCAACAAAAACAUAGCAGGGGUCCAGUUUGGGCUCUCCUUUUAACCCAGUUUUUAUUUUUAAAACAAUUUUACCAAGACCUUGCUGUAGAGCUAACAGAGCAUAGCCAGAUGGCUCUCAGCAUGACCUUGGUAACUGGACAUUUUAGGCCCCACUGCGUUUGAAAUAGGUUGGCAAACCAGUCUCCUGUAUGAUCUAUGGAUUUGACAUGUGACAGCCUACAGUGAGCGCAGUACAGUGCUCCUCCUCCAGAUUGCUAUGCGGUAGAGGACAAGCUCCCCAAGGCCACUCUGUCCCAGAAACGGGAGCUGCCGCACCCACGCCGGUGUCCACGCCCGGGCCCAGCGCGCUGCCGCGUUGCGGUACCUGGAGUUAGGAAUUCAACUCUCAGGCUGGGACACCAGGGGCACCCGAAGGUGUUCGGGAAAGGCCCCGCCCUAAGGACGCGGACAAGGGCGCACCACCCCGCCAGGCAAGUCCUCACCCUCUGCUGUUAGCUUCUGAAAAAGUACAGCGCCUCCAACUUCGGGCGCUCCGGAAAACCGCGCAAGCUGAGGGCGGCUGGGUACUGCUGAGUCCACAGGCUGAGGGGGAAGAGCUGACCGCACGCUGAAGUCGGCCACAGCGGCAGAGCACAGCGCGGGACAGCACACGCGGGAAGGGACAGGCCUGGCCGCAGCUGCUCAGCAUCCACGCUGUCAUCACACAUUACAAGGGUGUUUGAAAGAUUGAGGAGGCACAAGGGGAAAGGUUAAUGUAAAUUUUGAAGGUUUCAGAAUUAGUUGAAUAGAGGGGGUGAAGGGAGGGUAGGGGUAAAGGGAAAAAAUGAGAAUCAAGACCUGUCAUGUAGAGGU